GCAGAAAUGGCUUCAUCGUUAAAACCCUUCCCUCCUCUCCCGUCAACCCUGACUCCCUCUAAAAUGCGCCCCACCUCUCUCUCUCUUAACCUCCACUCCCUACCAUCUCCAAAACCCCUCCUUUCUCCUUCUUUCUUCUCACACCCUUCCACGCUCUUCCUCGAGCUCUGCUCCGACAUCAAAGAGCUCCACCAGAUCCUCCCUCUUAUCAUCAAAUCCGGCCUUUCCAAUCACCACCCAACCCAAACCAAGCUCGUCAGCCUCUUCUCGAAGUUCGGGCAUCUCAGCCACGCCACCCUUGUUUUCGACCGCGUCGAUUCGAAAAUCGACGAACUAUACCACUCGAUCCUAAAGGGACAUGCCAAACACUCUGAAAUUGAAGAUGGGUUGUCGUUCUUUUCUCGGAUGAGGCUUUCGGAUGUCCGGCCUGUUGUCUACAACUUCACCUACCUAUUAAAGAAUUGCGGGGAUAAUUCGGAUCUGAAACGGGGUAGGGAGAUCCAUUCACAACUGAUUUCUUAUGGGUUUGAGUCAAAUUUGUUUGCGAUGACAGCUGUUGUGAAUAUGUAUGCAAAGUGUAGGCAGAUUGAGGAUGCAUGGAAGAUGUUCGAUAGAAUGCCCCAGAGAGAUUUGGUGGCUUGGAAUGCGAUUAUUGCUGGAUAUGCGCAGAAUGGUUUUGCGAAGAGAGCGUUGGAGUUGGUUCCUUUGAUGCAGGAGGAAGGGAAGAGGCCAGAUUCAAUUACACUUGUGACUGUAUUGCCUGCUUGUGCAGAUAUGGGGUCUUUGAAGAUUGGUAGGGAACUUCACGGGUAUGCUAUUAGAGCUGGGUUUGAAUUGCUGGUGAAUGUUUCGACUGCUCUUACGGACAUGUAUUCAAAGUGUGGGGCAAUUGGGACUGCAAGGUUGGUCUUUGACCGGAUGCGGGUGAGGAAUGUGGUUUCAUGGAACUCGAUGAUGGAUGGGUAUGUUCAAAGCGGAGAUGCUGAGGAAGCGAUGGAGAUGUUUAGGAAGAUGCUGGAUGAAGGGGUUAAACCCACGGAUGUCACUAUCAUGGCGGCGCUACAUGCUUGUGCAGAUUUGGGCAAUUUGGAACAAGGGAAGUAUGUUCAUGAACUAUUGAUUGAAAUUGGGCUUGGGUCUGAUGUUUCUGUUAUGAAUUCUUUGAUUGCAACGUAUUCUAAGUGUAAGAGAGUGGAUAUCGCUGCUGAAAUAUUUGAAAACUUGAGAGGCAGAACUCUUGUUUCGUGGAAUGCAAUGAUUUCAGGAUAUGCACAAAAUGGAUGUCCAAAUGAUGCCUUGAAUCUCUUUUGCAAGAUGCAACAGAAAACUAUCAAACCGGAUUCUUUUACUUUGGUGAGUGUUAUUCCUGCAUUGGCAGAUGUAUCGGUAUUGCGCCAAGGGAAAUGGAUACAUGGAUUUGCUAUUAGAUCAUGUCUUGAGAAGAAUAUCUUUGUGAUGACCGCUCUUGUUGAUAUGUAUGCUAAGUGUGGGGGUGUACAAAUCGCGCGGAAACUUUUUAACAUGAUGGAUGAGCGGCAUGUGACAACAUGGAAUGCCAUGAUAGAUGGGUAUGGAACCCAUGGGUUUGGGGAAGCCACAGUUGAGCUGUUUGAGGAGAUGCAACGGAGUCCCAUCAAGCCAAAUGAUGUAACCUUCUUGUCUGUUCUUUCUGCUUGCAGCCAUUCGGGUUUGGUGGAUGAGGGGCGGCGAUACUUUGCCAGCAUGAAGCGGGAUUAUGGCAUAGAGCCAGCAAUGGAUCACUAUGGCUGCAUGGUUGACCUUCUUGGUCGUGCCGGGAGGCUUAAUGAAGCUUGGGACUUCAUUCAAAAGAUGCCAAUUGAACCAGGCAUUAGUGUGUUUGGUGCUAUGUUGGGUGCUUGCAAGAUUCAUCAAAAUGUUGAAUUGGGAGAAAAGGCUGCGAUGAGAUUGUUUGAACUAGAGCCACAAGACGGUGGGUAUCAUGUGUUGUUGGCCAACAUAUAUGCGACGGCUUCGAUGUGGGAUGAUGUAGCUAAGGUGAGAACAAUGAUGGGAAAGAAAGGGCUGAAAAAGAAUCCUGGUUUCAGUUUCAUCGAGUUAAAAAAUGAGGUUCAUACAUUCUACUCCGGUAGCACGACCCACCCACAAACCGAGAGGAUAUAUGCUACACUGGAGGCACUGGUGGAUGAGAUAAAGGCUGCUGGUUAUGUGCCUGAUACUAAUUCAAUACAUGAUGUGGAGGAUGAUGUAAAAGAACAGCUGCUCAACACCCAUAGUGAGAAGCUGGCCAUUGCGUUUGGACUUAUAAACACUAGCCCAGGGACUACUAUCCAGAUAAGGAAGAACCUUCGUGUAUGUGUUGAUUGCCACAAUGCAACAAAGUACAUUUCACAGGUUACAAAGAGAGAAAUUAUAGUAAGAGACAUGCAUCGGUUCCACCAUUUCAAGGAUGGCCGUUGCUCCUGCAGCGAUUAUUGGUGACUGGAUAACAUUAAGAUAUUAUAAUAUCUAUCAUUUAAGAUAUCUGCCAGGGAAAUUCAGCACGUUGGUAUGAUUUAUUCAAUUGAAACAUUGGGAUGUGUUAAAAUAUUGCUAAUGUUGACAGGGAUGAAUGGUUUUGGUGGACUAUAUAACUAAAGCCAUUGUUAAAGCUAAGAAACCCUUGAUCAAAGGCACGAGUGCUGAAAGAACUAAACAAAAGGUUCUCGAGUCUAUUUGUUGCAGCUAUUCUGCAUAAGAACCAUGAUUGAGGUUAAGCAUUCCCGCUUACACACAUGAAUGGCAUCUGAGGUUUAACUAAGCGCAUGUCAUAGGAAGUGUUGUACAUAUCAUGUUCUUGAUAUUUGAUAAGUGUAGCCAUUUUCAGAUUCUUUAAUCGCCAAUGCCGAGAUUUUAUGUAUCUUCUUUAUACAAGUUAUUAUUUGAAUACUCUUUGAAUAAUUCAACAGGUAUUCUGCUUUCCUAUUUUUCUUUA